AAUUCAAAACCGACUGUCCCCUUCUUUGUAAGCACGACCUGUGUAGUGUCUAUCCACUGUCCGGUAAUAAUAGGAAAAAUUGAAUUCCUUUCCACCUCAAAAUUCCACAUUCAACACCUACUCGGCUGUUCCCUCCCUCCUUUUAAGCCUUCCGGGAGAUGCCGUUAACUGUUCUUCCCUGUAAUUUUCCCUAAAAUAAGAUUGAUUGUCUCAUAACUUGUUCUUUGGUAUAGAUUGGUGCCCCGGGAAAAUAUUUACGCUAGAGGCAUCCAUAACUUGAGAAGAAAGAUGAGCAGCUCGUCACCUGCACAUUCUUCGGUAUCGGCGGCGACGAGUGUCGGAGGAGGAGGGCAAGGAGGAAGUAGCAGCAAUGCCGCUUUGGUUUCAGACGACAAUUCUUCCUUCCAUUUCCCUACCGAUCUCAUCUCUCCCCAAGACCGCAAGGAGGAGGCACUCCUCGUUCUGAAGUCUGAUUUGAUGGCUGCACUUCACAAGGUUGUAAAGUCCUUAGAUGACGAUAAUUGGAUGUUUACUGCACCCCGCUCCCAAAUUAACCUUAUUUCAAGACCGGGUGGCUUUCCACACAAGAAAACAGAAAUUGCAAAGAGGUGGAAUUUUUCUCAGCCAAAAUGAUUUUUUCUACUCAAGCAAAUGGAAGCUGGAAGGCCUUUUGAAUGCUGGAAGGCCUUUUGAGUUGGUUAUAAACCGGCAAUCCUAACAUUGGUAACCGUCAAAUUUGUUGCUUUUCUAUCAAGAUUGUUGUUUCAAUUCUGUUUCUUUUUGUAAGAGACCCAAUGGCUGGUUUCCCAAUUGAACAUUCCAGAUGAAUUUGUAGUUGGUCCACUUUUGGGAUAGCAUAAAAGAAGCAGUGUUUUUUA